GUUCUAGUCUUGAGUUAACUACAAAUAAGAAAGCGUCGACAUUUUAGAAUCACGAUGGCACGUUUGAUGCUGUUACUUUUGCUGAUCGUCCCAUUGAUUCUUGCCUCCUACGCGGACAGUAGGCAAAAGGUAACUAAUUAUAAGUCUAGAAAAUAUUGCGUUACGUUUUCACCGAGACACCUUAAGGUGACCUUUCGGCCUGCCUUUCAGUCUCAAAAAACGCCAUGGCGUUUACGUUCCCGCUAAAUAGUUUAUCCUGUGGCCUGUUCGGGCUGUACUAUCGACGCUUAAUGACCGAGUUUGUGUCAGCCACCUACAUCUAAUUGUUAUGCCACUAAAGGGUUUAUUAUAAGGCGAAUAAGUGGCUAAGGAUCUCAUUUUCAAGUCCAGUUUUAGUGCCCUAUGUUUUGAUUUGAAAAGUAAGGUAUCCAUUUACCCUGGCGCAAAAGAAAUGACUCUGACGUAUUGGUGGUAAAUACUACUGACGAAGAUACUCAUUUUAAUCAAUUUAUUAUACAUUCCAUAUUUGUUUUUCGCAGGCCUAUACAUUCAAGGUAUCCAAAGAUGUGUACGAGAGUAUCAAAGUUGAUGCUAACAAGGAAUCCGAGACCUUUUCUCUGAGUCUUGCGUCGUCGGGCAAGAAGGAAGGAGACUGUGUCUAUGACUUUAACAAGGUCAGUAACUAAGUAAACAUAAAAGAUCAAACAAGUCAAACUGAUCUAAAUUUGGAGCGAGUGAGUCUUUAUUUUAAAUGCAUUCUAGAUACACUUUAAUAAUCCUACUUAAAGUACCUACCUACUGAUCAGAGGAUACCCUGUUUUUGACAGCUGUCAAUUGAUCACCACAUGGAUGUGCAAUAUCAGGUUGCACGUUCCCACACUAGCCGUAAAGUGUGAGAUUUCACAUUGGUUGCCCUCUGGCGCGGACGGACGGACGGACGAACGGACAGUCACGUGACUACCCAAAUUUUCGGAUGGAUAGAUAACCAAAUAUACUUAGCUAUGGCGCUCCACUCGGGCUCGCUAUAAUGGAACUCCACUACAAAGAAAUCUCUUGAUUAGCCUAUAUCCUGUAAUAACAGUUCGCUACCAGGGUAUUGAACAGCGAAAUAAAAAAUUGCAGCUUUAAACUAUUACUUUAAUUUGUUUUGUUUGUUUUGCUCAAUCAGAUAACGGUUACUUGCGAUAUAAUUACUUAUUUGUCUAUUGCUGUGAUCCUUAAUUCGUAUUGGCUUGACUUUAAUGCAGAACUUGACGAUGAUUCGAUUACCAGAGGCAAAGGGCUGCUUCUUAAGAUACUCCAUCGGGAACGUUCCUCGACCUGCUGACUUGCUGAAACAAUUACAAUUGGUAAGUGUCUGAGGACCUAUGACAAACGUCGUUAAAAUUAGUGUCUUGCUGAAUUACCUCUUGAUGCACGAUUUUUUUUAACUAAACUGUAGGUUGCAUGAUUACUAAGGGCAAUAUCAAACUGUGAGUUUAUUUUCUUCAAGAUUUCGUUUCUGUGAUAUCCGGAAUAAUCAAGGAAAGUGUUAUCAGUCUCGGCCUUCGGCUCGGCUGAUAACGCUUAUCUUGACCUAAUUGAGUAUUCUGGAUAUCAUCACAUCCAAUAAUUGUUCAUAAUCAUGGUUACCAAUCACAUUGGAGAGAUUCGUUGAAGUUAUUUAUUUAUUUAUUUAGUCAUUUGUUUAUUUAUUUUACUGUUAUAAGUACAUGGAACUUUAAUUGCUUAUCCGUGUAACCUUUUGAUAAUUGUUCCACUCGAAGUUUUUUUUUUUUUUUUUCACGCUGGUUUUCAUUACCUGUAGCUGCCGAAAAGUACAGAUUCUAAAGUGACCACUACGUCUGAGGAAAAUUUCAAGGUUGUUGGCAAACUGAGUGACCGUUCGGACUUGAGCGACGAGAUGAAGGAUCUGUGUGCAAAGUUGCCAAUUUACCGAAUCCGGAAGUUGAACGAGAAACAGAAUGACGCUGAUCAAACUGAAGACAAUGUGCAACACGUCGACGAACUAGAUGCACCAGAAAGGGUGGCUAGAGGUAAUAAAAUGAUUAAAUGGAAAUAACGCUCUUGCAGAAGUUAUAACAAUCCAUAAAAAUCUAUAACAGAUCGCUUUCAACUGCAUGAAACGUUUGGAUGCCCUUACAAAAAUAAUAAUAUAACAACGAAACAUUUGGCAUCUUCACUUUCUUGAAAGAACCCUAUACCGAAAACAUUUUAAAUUUACAACAGAUCUAAUAAAAUAAGAAGCAUUUAUUAAUAAAUUUUCUAUAGUUUUAAGCCCGUCCACACCUGUUGAUCUGGGCAGGGGGAAACGCAUACUAAUAUUUGCGUCCAUUCAGUUUGGUUGUUCCCGGUUUGGUUGGAUUCACCCAGCGACAAGAAUACGCUACUUCAAUCAACAUUUGUCAACUGAUAAGUUGGCACUCUUCUUCAAUUGAUGGCCAGGCCUUCCUAUAUGUUUAAAAUUAAACUUACUGGCAAAGGCUGAUCGGACAGCUAUGGAUGGAUAAUUCGUUUGCCCAAUAUUCAGGCGAAAAAAAGCGACCUUGAUCAGCUUCACAGUUCUUCCUGUGUGAUGUCCUACUAAGCACUUGUAAGCUUUCGACUUACCCAAAAUCGUCUUGUACGAGGCCGAAAAAGAGUCGAAAAACCGAUAAGUUGUUUUCCACCACCCGACUUUAAACUUGCAACUUCUCCUUUUUAGCCUAAACUCCAGUUUUUGACGUAAUUGAAAUUAAAAAUAUACAGUUUUCAAUCGUCUCUAAUAUACGAAUCGGAUUGAAAAAAAAGAAGAUUGAGGAAGAGAACGAUUUUUAAAAGAUGCGGUUUCGGCAGAGGGAUUGGUUUGGUAGGGCCGAUUCGUGUAGAAAAAAAUUCUUUUUCAAAAAUAUCCGGAUUUCCGGUUGACGGGGCCCUAAACAGGUUUUUUUGUGGUUAAAAGUGUGUGGAACAUAAAACGUCGAAUUAACACUUUGUAUCCAGGUAUGACCUAAUUCAAUAAAGUUUUAGUGGUUGACCUUUAUCUAUGAGCCACUAACUGUACAACCACGCAUCUCAGAAGAAUUAAAAAAUGGACACGUCUGUCUUUAUAACGACUGCCUACCCUACUUCGAAGCCCCUUGCCAGCUACGCAAUUAAAUAGUCUCUAAUUUGUACCUAUAGGUUUCAUCAGGAAAUGGGUGUGCAAACGAAUCUGUAGGCGUUUGCGCAAAUGCAUCAGAGUCCCAUGGAUAAGAUGCAGUUGGAGAGGCUGUAAAACUUAUUGGCGUCGAAAAUGCUGGACCGUAACCAUAUGCCCGCGUUCCUGCUCCUGGGUUUGGACCACUGGUUAAAGCAUGUUUUUACACGAUUAUCUCAACAAGUGGCCUCGUAAAGUAAAGCGUUAAGAUAUAUAGAGGAUAUUACACGGUGGCGCGAAGAUAUGAAUUUUAUUUUCGAGUGGCAAAACAAUAUUUUACGAACGAGCGCAGCGAGAAAAUAAAAUUCAUAAAUUCAUAAAUUCAAUUGCCACGAGAAAAUAAAAUUCAUAUCUUCAAGCCGCCGUGUAAUGUUCUUUUUAUUAUAUAGACAAAAAGACAUCGAUAAAAUAAUACAGGGAAAUGACCGAAAUUACGUCAUCGAUAAAGUCACGUGUGAGAUUAUGGAAAAUAAACCACUCGGGUCCCGGAUGUAGUUUUUUUAAAUUUUACGAGUGGUAUAUUUUCCAGUAAAACACCCGUGUCUAUAUAAUAAAAAGUUUUAGAUACAUUUAUACCCUGUGGACGGUGAGAAUAAAUUAUUUGCAUACCAGGAACGUUGUCAAGAAGAUCAUCAGACGACGGUGCUCGGACGCGAUUUUCAGGAUGAGUAGGAUGUAAACUGAGAACUUACUGGUUGUAAACAAUAUCACAGUGACUAUGAUGUAAGAAGGAAUUUUAAAUAAAAAAUAAGGGUAAAUGCCAC